AUGAUACUCAGAACGCUUCCACUUAUAUCAUUAGCAUUCACAAGCGUUGCGGCAGUGCCACAAGCGCCCAUCCCAGAGCUGACCACCCUCGAUCCGUCAACAUCAAAAGAGCUACUCCACCUCCACCGCAAACUCGUAGAGAUUGAAUCAAUCACCCACAAUGAGCAGCACGUCGGCGACUGGCUCGCGUCCUACCUCAAAGACCAUGAUUACACCGUCGAAAAGCAACGCAUCACAAAAGACCGCUUCAACAUCCUCGCCUACGGCAAGAAGCGCGAAACCUCCAUCCUUGUAUCGUCGCACAUAGACGUAGUCCCGCCGUACUGGCCAUACUACUACAAUGAGACCUCAGGCAUGAUUGGCGGCCGAGGCAGCGUCGACGCAAAGGGCAGCGUAGCCGCGCAAAUCAUUGCCGUACAAGGCCUGCGCAAGCACCUAUUUGACGACAUAUCGCUGUUAUUCGUUGUCGGCGAAGAAGAGGGCGGCGACGGCAUGCGCAACUUUUCCGGCUGGAAGCAUCGCCCCAGCCCGAACUACGACAUCGCCAUCUUCGGCGAGCCUACAGAAGGAAAGCUGGUCUGCGGGCACAAGGGCAUGUUGGGCUUCGCGCUCAAGGCGACGGGCAAGGCAGCGCACUCGGGCUACCCGUGGCUGGGAGCAAGCGCGAACGACAUCAUUGUAGAAGCGCUUGGGUCGUUGCUGGAACUGAGGGAGCACCUCCCGUGGAGCGAGAAGUACGGAAACACGACUAUGAACUUUGGUCGCAUACAAGGCGGUGUUGCGGCAAAUGUCGUCGCUGAGACUGCGAUUGCGAAUAUCGCGACCAGACUCGCAGCCGGCACUCCAGAAGUCGUCAAGGGGCUGAUUGUAAACGCGCUGAAAGACGCAAAAGCCAAUGCGCAGCAGCAAGGCGGAGACCUGGAUAUCGUGUGGGCGAGCCAGGGUUACGCGCCCGUGGACAUUGAUUGCGACAUUGAGGGCUUUGAGACACUGACUGUGAACUACGGUACGGAUGUGCCGCUGCUAGAGGGUGAUCACAAGCGGUACUUGUAUGGGCCUGGCAACAUCUUCGUCGCGCAUUCAGACCAUGAGGCUUUGAAGAAGACUGAACUCGAGCAAGCGGUUCUAGACUACCGCCGCUUGAUCCUCAAGGCGUCAGAGAUGAGGAUGAAAGAGAGGCAACUCGAGGCUGAGCAAGUAGAGUUGUAG